AUGGAUACUUCUCCAAAAUUGAAGAAAGGAGGAUCAAGGAAGAAAGCGGUGUUGAGAUCCACUAGAGCCGGUCUUCGAUUCCCCGUCGGAAGAAUCUGCCGUUAUUUGAAGAAAGGUAGAUACGCUCAACGUAUUGGUACUGAUGCUCCUGUAUACUUAGCUGCUGUUCUUGAAUAUCUAGCUGCUGAGUUGGCUGGAAAUGCAGCUCGUGAUAACAAGAAGAAAAGGAUUAGUCCAAGACAUAUUUGGGUGGGUUUGUACAUCGAUAAAGAAUUUGAGGAAUUGCUUGCUGGUGUUACCAUUCCUCAUGGUGGUUUUCUUAGAAACAGUAACAUUCCAUAUUUCAGUAAAAUACCAUCACUAACAGAAAACACAAUUUGUAGUAGUUCUCAACAAGUUUUGUUAAGAAAUUAAGUUUUUCUUAUAGUGUACUCCC